CGACACCACCGAAAGGGUUUGUUGUUUCUUCAACAAGCUAGGGAGACAAAAAAAAAAAAAAAAACUACAUUGUGGGAGUCUGAUUGGCCGUUCUAGAUGGAGCUGAGGGCAUACCUGCUGUGCAUCUUCCUUCUUAAAGGCUGGUGCCAGUGCUUCAACAUUGACGUGACGCAUCCGCGGAUCUUCGGCGGUCCGGAUGAUGCCCUUUUCGGCUUCUCUGUGUUGCAGCACGAAGCGGAGGGAGAGAAAUCAAUGCUGGUGGGCGCUCCUUGGGACGGGCUGCCCGGCAACAGGAAAGGAGACGUCUACAAAUGCAGCGUGACGGAGGAGAGCAACUCCAACUGCAGCAAGUUGGAUUUAGGUGAUGCGGCCUUUCGGAAUAUUUCAAAAAACUUAAAAAACUCUCACCUGGGAAUGACUCUCACGCCGGACUCACCCGACGGCCUCUUGGCAUGCGCGCCACUGUGGUCUCAGGAGUGCGGCACGUCUAUGUUCAGCACGGGCAUCUGCGCAUCCGUUGGAGACGACCUCCAGCCGCGAGAGAUCAUCGCUCCGACGGCGCGACGGUGCACGACGUACAUGGACAUUGUGAUCGUGCUGGACGGCUCCAACAGCAUCUACCCCUGGUUUGAGGUGCAGAGCUUCCUCAGCAACAUCCUCAGCAAGUUCCACAUCAGCCCGGACCAAAUGCAGGUGGGAAUCCUGCAGUACGGCGAGGUGGCGGUCCACGAGUGGUCGCUGAGAGACUACCAGAGCACACCGGAGGUGGUGGAGGCCGCCAAGAACAUCAGCCGCCAGGAGGGACGGGAGACGCGCACGGCUUACGCCAUCAACAUGGCAUGCACGGAGGCGUUCAGCGCCGAGCGAGGGGCGAGGGAGGGCGCCACCAAGGUGAUGAUCGUGGUGACGGACGGAGAGUCGCAUGACGGCGAGGAGCUGCCCGACGCUCUGCUGGAGUGCGAGAGCAGAAACAUAACCAGAUACGCCAUCGCCGUCCUGGGCCACUACCACCGAAGACAGCAGAACCCCGACACCUUCAUCAAUGAGAUCAAGUACAUCGCCAGCGAUCCGGACGACAAGUACUUCUUUAACGUGACCGAUGAAGCGGCGCUCAACGACAUCGUGGACGCUCUGGGAGACCGCAUCUUCUCACUGGAAGGCACUCUGGGCAACCAGAGCUCCUUCCACAUGGAGAUGUCGCAGAUCGGCUUCUCCACCCACAUGCUGGAUGACGGGAUCCUGUUUGGGAUGGUGGGCGCUUACGACUGGGACGGCGGCGUGCUGAAGGAGGGCACCAACGGGAGAAUCGUGCCCGCCAGAGAGGCCUUCGAGAGCGAGUUCCCCCUGGAGCUGAAAAAUCAUGCAGCAUAUCUCGGCUACACAGUGUCUUCUGUGGUGGUGGGCGAUUGGAGGAGGCUGUAUGUGGCGGGCGCGCCGCGCUUCAAGCACAAAGGCAAAGUCAUCUUGUUUGAGCUCAGCGACAACGCCGACGUCAACAUCGUGCAGGCCCUCAAUGGAGAACAGAUCGGUUCCUACUACGGCAGCGAGCUGUGCGGUGUGGAUGUCAACCAGGACGGAAUCACUGAUGUUCUCCUGGUUGCAGCACCCAUGUACCUGGGCUCCGGGAACAAGGAAGCUGGGAGAGUCUACAUCUACACACUCAGUGGGGAGGAAUUUGUCUCAAACGGUACGCUGAAAUCAGACGAAAAGUCCCAAGAUGCCAGGUUUGGCUACGCGAUGGCCGUUGCUCCGGACCUCAACCAUGACGGAUUCACUGACCUACUGGUGGGUGCCCCUUUGGAAGAUGACCAUCGUGGGGCUGUGUACGUGUACCAUGGCCAAAGUAUUUACAUUAACCACCGCUACAAACAGCGUAUCGCUGGGAUGUCAGUGUCCCCGUCCUUGCGGUAUUUUGGCCGUAGUGUCAGCGCCAGGUUGGACUUGGAUGGAGACGGGAUGAUCGACUUGGGGGUGGGAGCCCACGGCAGUGCCGUUCUACUCAGAUCUCGAAGCAUCGUGCAGAUCAACGUCAGUCUGUCCUUCCAGCCGCACUCCAUCAACGUCAUCCAAAAGACGUGCCAGCGCGGUGGGCGAGAGUCCGCCUGCCUUGACGCCACCGCCUGUUUCACGGCCAUGUCCCGCUCCCCUGGGCCGAGCAGCAACGGCUUUGAUUUGUGGGUAGCGGCAAUGUUGGACGACAGGAAGUUGUCAGCCCGGGCGCUGUUUGAUGACAGCUCCCACAGGUUGACCCAGCUGGCGGUUCGGGCUCACACGGGACAGACUCUGUGCUACAAACUGCCCUUCCACGUUUAUGACACAGCAGACUACAUUCGCCCAAUCAGCUUCUCACUGCGCUUCAAGAUCAACGACACUCAGAGCGGUCCCGUGUUGGACGAGGGCUGGCCCACAUCCGUCAAGAAAUACAUCCCCUUCUUUAAAGACUGCGGGGAGGAUGACGUGUGCACCACGGAUUUGGUGAUACAGGCCCAAAUGGACAUCUCUGGGACCAGACACAAACCUUAUGUGAUCCGCAGUCCUCGUAGGCGUAUGUCAGUGGAAGUCCAACUGGAAAACAGACUGGAAAACGCCUACAACACCAGCCUGACGCUGCACUAUUCACGUAACCUGCACUUCUCCAGCUUAAGUAUUCGGGAAGAAAGCAACUUCAAGAUUGAGUGUACAGGCCUGGGCUCCAACAGUCACUCGUGUAACGUCAGCUACCCGGUCUUUCGCUCCCAGUCCAAGGUGAACUUCAUGCUGGAAUUUGAGUUCAGCUGUGCCACCCUGAACAGUAGAAUCCAAAUGAAGUUGAAUGUAGCCAGCGAUAGUGUGGAGCGAGUAGACACUUUAGGGGACAACAGCGUUCAGCUGCAGAGCUUUGUCCAGUAUGAGCCCGACUUGUUCGUCAGCAGUGAUUCAAAUUUAAACCGAUAUGAAGUGCAUCCCACGCGGACAAUGUCAGAAGCCAUUGGGCCAGAGUUCUACACGCACUUUAAGCUCCAGAACCUGGGUUGUUACCCUGUGAGUAAUCUGGAGUUGAGGCUGCUUCUGCCAUCGGCGGCUGCGGAAGACCAAGUCUUCAUGACGGUCACAGACAUCUCUUCUCACAACGCCACAGCCGUCAAUUGCAGCAUCACGAGCGAUCUGGCCACUCUGAAAAGCCGGCAGAAAGACGUGCGUCCACUGCACCCCGAAGACAUGAUGGAGAACGACGUCCUGAACUGCAGCAGGUCGUGGUGCAUAGAGAUUACGUGUCAAGUCCAGCAGCUCCAGAGGGGACAAGGCGAAGUCAUUCGCCUCAGCCGCAGAGUACAUGACGACUUUUUUCGAAAGGCCAAAUAUAAGUCGGCGAGGAUCGUGAGCAUGUAUCACAUCGCGCCUGGCGAGACCAACCUCAUCACCUUGGCAACAGGAACGGUGUGGCGAGAGACUGUGCUGGAGGUGCUGAAGGGGCGAGCUAUCCCCAUCUCGCUGUGGAUUCUCAUCGGGAGCAUCAUUGGUGGCUUGCUGCUCCUGGCGCUCAUCAUCUUCAUUCUAUGGAAGCUGGGCUUCUUCGCGCGCAAGCACAGAGAAGAUGAGAACCAAGAGGAGUGAAAGCAGUACUUGCAGGGACAUUUCGGGGUUCAUCGGGCUUGUCAAGCAUUCCGCCUUCGAGCGGGCCCAAAGACGGAAAGCAUCCGGCUCCCGCGACAGCCAAAGGGGCCCUAUGACGGAAAUGCACUCGCCACUGGUCCAAGGCUUGGGAACACUUGUGUAAAUAUUACAUUUGGAAGUGGUUCAAAUCACAUUUUUUAAUUUAAUAAACAGACAUGCUCUUGGUUUUACGUUUCAAUCACUGCUUCUCAAAACGCUUUAAUUGUUUUUAUAAAUUAAAACGGAUGAAACAUGCUCUUUGUGGCCAUUUCACCUUCAUUAAGCAAAAAGGAUGAGAACUACCUUGAUGGAACGGCCUGUUUUGAAAAGGGCAAAAAUCAGCCCAUUUAUUUAUUACACAAUGCAAUAUAACAAGAAAUAAGCUUUUUUCUCUCUCUUGUAAAGUUAAACAAACGACAGAUUGCUGUAAAUCAGUCAGAUGUUCUGCCUGUAUUUCAUGUCUUUAUUGUACACAUGGAAGGACUU